UUUUCCUUGAUUGACACUAAAGUGAAUUCAAACAAUCCAAUCAGAGAACCAAACAUGCAAAUCUUUACUGCUCACCCCGCCCGUAUUUUAUAACCGACCAAUCAGAGAGGGAGUGGGCGGAGUCAGGGAUACCAGCGGAGGAUUCAAACGGAAGAUGGCAGCGGAUAAAGAGUCCAAUAAAAAUACACAAAACAGAAGGGGUACGGUGUGUAACGUGGUGAUCAGCCAGGAUGCAGGGGGAUCUUGGGGCGGCAGUGGGGUUGGUGCCCGCCCGCCCGUCAUCUUCAACCCAGACUUCUUUGUGGAGAAGCUACGUCACGAGAGACCUGAGGUGUUUCAAGAGCUGGUGCUUAGCAACAUCAGCCGCCUCAUCGACCUUCCCGGUGCUGAGUUCUCUCUGCUGUUAGGGGACGAGGCAGGGCCCAAGACACCCACAGGGGCCGGAGGGGGAUUCUUCCGCUCCUUCAACUUCCUCAAACGUAAAGAUAAGGAAGUGGUGUUCGGGACUCCUCUGACAGAGGGAGGCAUCGCCCAGAUUUACCAGCUCAUCGAAUACCUCAGCAAGAACCUGCAGGUAGAGGGUCUGUUCAGGGUGCCAGGUAACAGUGUGCGGCAGCAGGCCCUGAAGGAGCAGCUGAACAGUGGUGCAGACAUCGACCUGGAGGCAGGGGGCUUCCACCCCAACGACGUGGCCACCCUCCUCAAGACCUUCCUGGGAGAGCUACCUGAACCCCUCCUCACGCACCAACACUUCCAUGCUCACCUCAAAAUAGCAGACAUGACUCUCUUUGAUGAGAAAGGCAACAAGACAUCAGUACCUGAUAAGGAGCGUCAGAUUGAGGCCUUACAGCUCCUCUUCCUGCUGCUGCCCCAGGCCAACCGCAGCCUCCUCAAACUGAUCCUGGACCUGCUCUACCACACCGCCAAGCAGCAGGACAAGAACAAAAUGUCCGCCUUCAACCUCGCCCUCAUGUUUGCCCCCCACGUCGUGUGGCCCAGAGAUAUGGUGGCCAGUGACCUCCAGGAGAAUCUGAAGAAGCUUAACAACGGCAUGGCCUUCCUCAUCAAACACUCCCAGAAACUAUUCAAGGCUCCUAUGUACAUGAGGGAGCAUGCCAGAAUGCACUUCGCAGGAUCUAAGACCCUGCAGACCAAGGAUGAUAUGGACCUGUUAUCUGUGACUGGUUUCCUUGCCCCUGUUCCCUGGAAGAGGUGUUGUGCUGACCCGUCUCAGUACCUGUCCCCCUCCUCGUCGUCCCAGGGCCAGCAGCACCACACAGAGGAGUCCCUGAAGGAGCUGUUCAGACACGUCCAUGACAACAUGCCCAACUCUGCCAAGAAGAAGAAACUCCUACGACAGCUUGCUAAACAGACCACCCCCGGCCUGGCCCCAGGGACACCCAUCAACAACUAUCAGCCCCCCCCGGCCCAGAGCAAGAAACACCCCCGCUCCCGCUCCUUCGGUGGAUUCAUCAAGAGGAGACAUAAGGGGGACCAACAGGCGUUGGAGAGGAGGGGCAGACAGAUCUCCCCGGAGAUGGUUGCUGCGGCGAUGGGACGGCUGGGAAAGGAGAACGUCAUCCUGCAGUCGGUGAACAGUCCGGUGACAGUGAAUAAUAGUACUCCAGUCAGGGUCAAGGCCUCUGACAGCAUGGCCCUCAAUAGAGAGAGGGGACUCAAAUUAUCAAAGGACUCUCCAUCCAUCUCCAGAAUGUGUUUCUCUCCCUCCCUAGAAACGUCCAUGUAGAGGAUUGGUACUAGCAACACUGGACUUGACUUUUUCUGUGUCCUUUUUUUCUUCUUUUAUCAAGUAAACUAUAUUGUAACUUUCUAAAUCUGUGACGAAUACAACAUUAGUCCCCAGCCAGACAUGGGGUUGCAUCCCAAUAAUCUAUUAUUUCUCCUGAAGUGUGCACUUGUUCACUUCCCUUAAUGUGUUUGAAAGGAAAUGACUGGAAUACCUAAUAUGGAAACUCCUUCUAACCCAUGCCUACACAAUCCAAGACUUUUACAUUGUGUGUGGAGUAGUGAAUGAGUGCACACUUCAGGGGGAGAGAUUAUUGGGACGUAACCCAGGAAAGUACAAGACCAACUCUGUUAAGUGUGGAGGCAGGGACAGAAGGGAGCUUUCUUUGGUCUGUUUGGGGUCUGAGUGCCACUCAUAACUUGAAACAGUUUUGUUAGACACUUUUACAUUUGACCACUAGCUGAGCCUACAUAAAUACUUUUACCGUUGACCGCUAGCUGAGCCUACAUAGAUACUUUUAUAGUUGACCGCUAGCUAGCUGAGCCUACAUAGAUACUUUUAUAGUUGACCGCUAGCUAGCUGAGCCUACAUAGAUACUUUUAUAGUUGACCGCUAGCUAGCUGAGCCUACAUAGAUACUUUUAUAGUUGACCGCUAGCUAGCUGAGCCUACAUAGAUACUUUUACCGUUGACCGCUAGCUAGCUGAGCCUACAUAGAUACUUUUACCGUUGACCGCUAGCUGAGCCUACAUAGAUACUUUUAUAGUUGACCGCUAGCUAGCUGAGCCUACAUAGAUACUUUUACAGUUGACCACUAGCUGAGCCUACAUAGAUACUUUUACAGUUGACCGCUAGCUAGCUGAGCCUACAUAGAUACUUUUAUAGUUGACCACUAGCUGAGCCUACAUAGAUACUUUUACAGUUGACCGCUAGCUAGCUGAGCCUACAUAGAUACUUUUAUAGUUGACCACUAGCUGAGCCUACAUAGAUACUUUUACAGUUGACAGCUAGCUAGCUGAGCCUACAUAGAUAAUUUUACAGUUGAUCGCUAGCUGAGCCUACAUAGAUACUUUUACAGUUGAUCGCUAGCUGAGCCUACAUAGAUACGUUUACAGUUGAUCGCUAGCUGAGCCUACAUAGAUACUUUUACAGUUGACCACUAGCUAGCUGAGCCUACAUAGAUACUUUUAUAGUUGACCACCAGCUGAGCCUACAUAGAUACUUUUACAUUUGACCACUAGCUGAGCCUACAUAGAUACUUUUACAUUUGACCACUAGCUGAGCCUACAUAGAUACUUUUACAGUUGAUCGCUAGCUGAGCCUACAUAGAUACUUUUACAGUUGAUCGCUAGCUGAGCCUACAUAGAUACUUUUACAGUUGACAGCUAGCUAGCUGAGCCUACAUAGAUACUUUUACAGUUGACAGCUAGCUAGCUGAGCCUACAUAGAUACUUUUACAGUUGAUCGCUAGCUGAGCCUACAUAGAUACGUUUACAGUUGAUCGCUAGCUGAGCCUACAUAGAUACUUUUAUAGUUGACCACUAGCUGAGCCUACAUAGAUACUUUUAUAGUUGACCACUAGCUGAGCCUACAUAGAUACUUUUACAGUUGACCACUAGCUGAGCCUACAUAGAUACUUUUACAGUUGACCACUAGCUAGCUGAGCCUACAUAGAUACUUUUACUGUUGACCGCUAGCUGAGCCUACAUAGAUACUUUUAAUGUUGACCACUAGCUGAGCCUACAUAGGUACUUUUACCGUUGACCGCUAGCUGAGCCUACAUAGAUACUUUUACCGUUGACCGCUAGCUGAGCCUAUAUUGUACUAUAUGUAAGUAUCUUGUUUGUGUUUUCUGAAUCUGGUGUUCGUACUACUCAUCUGAAAAUGUGGUUCUAAUUGUACUAAUAUUUUAAAUCCCAAAUGGUUGCCCUACACACACAGCACACUGAUGGCAUGAUUAUAUCCUCCUACAAAAUGCUGAUUAGCACCAGUCACAUUCGUUUGGAGCCUGUUCCAAAAAGCUUGAUCAAUGAGUUAGCCAGCAAACUGACCCAAAUUGCUUGAAAUGGUUUGAAAUGACUCAACAGCAACAACAACAGAAACAACUAUUAUACAAAUGUAGAUCAUUUUAAUCAACCAGGAAAUCCGGAGAUAUGAGGCAAAGGCUGUUAAUCAAAGUUAGCUGGUUGAUGUAUUAACCCUGCUUUCUGGAAUACCCCACAGCUCUUAUGGUGUCUCAAGGCCAUUGGGUUUACUGAUACUGUCUGUUAGCUCAAAUGAAGCCCCCGUUCCCUAUAUAGUGCACUAUUGGCCAAAAGUAGUGCUCUCCACUUUAUAGUAGUGCAUGUGGUGGUGUUGGAGAAACACUGGCUCAGGGUUUUCUUGAAUCUAUAUCAUACAAAUACAGGUCGAUACAUAUUGGAUGAUGAUGAACAAAUACGAGCUGAACAAACCAACCUUUCUGUAACGGUAUUCGUGUUUGGGAGAGAUGUAGGGCUUCAUUUUGAGACGACUAUUUAUUUUUAUUGUCUGAGAUUUGUGUAUUGACUGUUUGAACUCCUCAAUGUGUACAAUGUCAUAUUUCACCUGCCUGGUUUGGCCUUUUGAGGUUUGAUAGUACAAUGAUGUGAUUAUAACUGUAUUUUUUUUUAACUGGAAUGGGUUUUGGGUGGAUAUUGGUUGGGACGCUAACGUUGUUGAAAGAUUUUCUGGAAGUCUGAGAUGGUUUUUGCUUUGUUGAAGAGGGAAAUUUAUAGUGACUGUGUCGAUAGGGGAUUCUCUUACAGUACCUUCAGUGUUGCCCAGUCUGAUACAAGUCUUCUUUAUUGAGCGUGAAUUGGGACAUUUUGUUCUGGGUCAUGUUCAUUAGGCACCAAAUAGAACAGGACGGAUUCAAACUGGGAGGGACUACCUGGACUUUGUCCAAUAAGGAACCCUUAUUUUCACUUUCCGUUGCAGAAUGUUUGGAAAAGAUUUUGUAGUGUACCCUAAUGGACAUGACGUUGGUUUUAAUGGGGCUGUUUUUAGAGGAAGUGUUAAUGGGGAAUGUGUGAUAAUGGGUUUAUGGGUUUAUGGUAAGUUUUAAAGAGAUGGGUGUGUUUUUUCUACACAUGAAAUGAAAGACACUAGAAGCUUGCUGCUGAGGUUAUCAAGAUGGCUUUGUUUUUUUACUCUUGUUAUUUUAUCUGUGCUGGUCAAGUAGCCUACUUAUUUUACAUGUUAUUUUGUCCCCGCUUUUCUCUCUGUUACCUGAAGGUUUUCAGACAAUCAAGGCCCAACACAUUUUUUUCGUGUCAUUUUGAAAAGCUGAAGGGUCAUCUGGCGUGGUUGAUACACCCUGAGUCUUGCUGGAAACCGUUUUACUAAUGUGCGAUCAUCUUUAUGAUGUGAGUCAGUUCUAGAUUACAUGAUACAACAUGUGGGCAUUAUCUUUUAAUCUCCCUUAUUAUUGUUGUGUUAACGUGUGUAUGUUGAAAGUCUUUGGUUUUGUCAGCCAAUGUUGACCGUGGUCUUAAAUGUUGACACAUCAACUGUACAGUACUACUUGUUUAUUUCUGUUCAUUUUCAUUCUGCCCUGUUGUCUGUGUCCCAAAUGGCACCCCAUUCCCUUUAUAGUGUACUACUUUAGAACAGGGCCCUCUUCCCUAUAUAGUGCACUACUUUAGACCAGGGCCCUAUUCCCUAUAUAGUGCACAACUUUAGACCAGGGCCCUAUUCCCUAUAUAGUGCACAACUUAGACCAGGGCCCUAUUCCCUAUAUAGUGCACUACUUUGGAGCAGAGCUCUGUGCCCUGGUCAGAAGUAGUGCACUACAUAGGGUGCAAUUUGAGACGCUGACAUGGAGUUACACUAAUGUCUACUAAAAUAAACAUAGUAUACUGUAAUCUCACAUUGCUGCAUAGAUUUCCUACCAUGCAUCUUCCUCUGUUCAUAUAAACCUGUUACCAGUCAGUGCCUUUUAAUGUAAGGACAUUUUAGCCUACCUUCACCUGUUGUGUAAAAUAAGAUGUUUGUUUUUAUUAUUCUGUCAAAUAGAUGCAUUGAUUUACUACUGGUGCUAUGGAUUAAAACUAUUUUUCUACAUGUG